GCGAACGAAACGCAACUGUCACUGUCGUACUAAUAUGGGGGAGUGAUAGAGAUAACUACGCUACGCUAUGAAGCGUUUACGAUUGGCAUAUUGGCUACGCGGGCUGGUUCGAUUAUGAAUGAAAUGGUGCAAUAUUUCUAAACAUUCUCAUGGUUUAAAUAUAGUUUACAAUACGUGGCCUUUGCGACUAGAACUUGUAGCAUAUCGUAUAAUUCAAUGUGUCAAAUAUACGGAAUAUACCGCACUUGAAACCAUGUUAUUCCCCAUUAUAACUUUAGUAAAACUCAUUUUGUAUUUAAAUUUGUUUUCAUGGAGUUCUGAGGACAUUGUGAAUUUAAAAUCCGACAGAGUUGUGAUCAUUGGAAGAAAAUUAUUAACUUUGUUUCGGAAUAAGUCAUUUGCGGCCUUUUGGGGCAUCCCGUAUGCCAAACCGCCGGUCGGUCUGCUGAGGUUUAAGCCACCAAAGCGUUUUGGCAACCUGACUGAAGGUAUGCAUGACUAUAGCGUUCUUUACGAAGAAACAUGUUCCACCUUAUGUGAUGAGGACUGCCUGCACCUCAACGUGUACAUGCCACUCUCUCCGAACAUGACCUGUAGUUUCCCAGUGAUAGUGUGGAUUGAAAAUACCUCUGGAUUCCACCGACCCGACUUCUUUAUCGAUGAGAACCUCGUAGUGGUCUCGGUCUCCUAUCGGACACACAUUUUAGGGUUCUUGAAUACUGAAGAUAAUUAUGCUCCUGGCAACAUGGGAGCCAAGGAUAUCCUAGCAGCCCUAAAAUGGGUGCGAGACAAUAUCAGCAUGUUUAAUGGAGAUCCCGCAAAAGUAACCGUAAUUGGGCACGGGAAAGGGGCGACAUUGGUUGCCUCGCUCUUAAUAUCAAGCGGAGCUGACGAUUUGUAUAAAAGGGUCAUCAUUCAAAGUGGCAGCGCAUUUUCACCCGCCGAUUACAGGAGUUACAGCUUUGAGAUUGCUAACAAGUUGUACUCGAAAUUAAACGGGCCUUUUGAUAAACUCAACCGCACAAAACUUUACGAACUACUGUCUAAAGCAUCAACCCGUAAGCUAUUAUCUGCGUCGGAAGAUCUCUUCGAUAGUACUGAAGUCAGAGAUAAUCAGAGAUUGAUCAACGCCUUUGGGCCUACUGUGGAGAAAACGAGGAAGCACGCUUUUGUACAUAAAGUGCCUAUACAUAUAUACAAGAGUCGUAUGACGAAUAACAUCGCCGACGUAAUGAUGGGGUACACGAACUUGGAAUCUCUUUACAAAUUGAAAGGCUUAGCAAAGAACCGGAAACUUCUGAAGUAUUUAAAUUACAAUUUCCAAUAUUUGGUGCCGUUUGAAGGGGUGGUAGAUGAAUACGGUUCUAAGAGAUACAGAAAGAUACUUAGAAAAAUAAUGGAGUUUUAUUUUUUGAACGGAACGAUCGGGGAGCAAAGUUUGCGGCGGUACGUGAAAUACGUGUCAGACCAAGUUAUUUAUCCGUUGAUUCGGCAAGCGAGAUUACACGCUCAAGUGUCGUGUGCCAAACUUUACUUGUACCGGUUCUCAUUCAGAGGUGAACUCAAUAAGGCUUGGAUUUCAUCGGUGGAAAAUUUCAAUUUGUCUGGCGCGACGUUUGGGGAUGAAAUCUGCUACUUAUUCAGAUGUAAAUCGGCAAAUGACAUAUACAAUAGCGGCGAGGGUUCUACUGAAAGGGACUUCAUUAAGAAAAUCACUAGGCUAUGGUCGAAUUUCGCUAAAUACGGAAACCCGACACCACAAGCCCAGCUGGGAAACGUGCACUGGGAUCCAUUCGUCGACAAAUUCCCACUUAGAGCGUUAAAUUUGGGACCCAAGAUAAAGAUGGUUGACAUUCCUGAACAGAAAAGAAUUGAGUUUUGGGAUGAAUUGCGACAAGAAUUUUAUCCCGAAAAAGAUUGGAAGGACGAACUAUGAUGAUGUAAAAACAAGGAUUACGAGUCGGUAAAGAGUGUCCAUAGCAGAAUAUAGUCGUGCCUGAUCUAUUUUUAUUUUUUUCAAUAUCUAUCCAAAAACAAGUUCAGGCAUCAUUUUUUAAUAAUCGUAGUUUCGAGUUUAUUUAUUUACAGUUAGGCCGUAUAUUGAAUACUUAUAUAAUUGUGUAGGUACAUAAA